UAGUUGACAAUGAAUUUCAAAAAUAUUGAACAUAUAAAGACCAAUCCAGAUUCUAAAAAAAUCUUAGAAACAAAUGAGAGUAAGCCUACAGCACCCCAUGUCGCCCAUAUAACAUCUAAUGUUUCUCCAAAAUUGGAAUCAUCUCACUGCAAGCAUGAAGAACAUCAUAAAUCUCAAUGCGCAAUAGAUGACACUAUACCUGGUACAAUUUAUACCUUUGAUCGCAAGCACAAUGGUUGGCAAGAGAGAUCUAAAAAUAGGAAGGACAAUGACUUAAUGUUCCAUUUAGAUACAAAUGACGGAAAAUUUAAGUUCAUCAAUGAACAAGAAAUGUUGGUUAAAUGGCAACAAAGAUGGCUGGGAGAAGAUCUCAGAGAUUUUGUGAAGGAUUAUUGUGUAUACCAAAGGAAAUCUGAAAAAUCAUCCAAAAUAUAUCCGAAUGAAGUGUCACCAGGAAAACAUAUUUAA